UUCUGAGCAAAUGAGUAAAGAAAAGGAGAUUUACUGUUCGACACGCUGAAACAAACCGGUCUGAGUCGGCCGGAGCGAAGGUGUCCUUUUAGUUAAAACAGGGUAGAGUUUUUGAUUGGAGCUGUUGUUGUGUGUUUUCAGGGCUCACCUGGUCCUCCCGGUCCUGUCGGCCCGAUCGGACCAGCUGGAGUGAGGGGUCCUCAAGGAAAAGAAGGACCGGCUGGACCCAGAGGCCCUGCAGGGCCCAUGGGACCUCCAGGAUCUCCUGGAAUUCCAGGCCCUGCAGGACAGCCAGGAAAGUCCGGAGACAAUGGUCCUCCUGGAGCUGUCGGCCCCAAGGGAGACAAGGGAGAGAGAGGCGACUUCGCUCCUCAGAACAUGAUGCGAUCCAUUGCCAGACAAGUUUGCGAGCAGCUAGUAAGCGCACAAAUGACUCGAGUCAACACGUUACUGAACCAGAUCCCCAACGGCAUGUACCGCAGCAACAGCCCGGGACCAGCGGGGCCUCCCGGACCUCCCGGCAGGCAGGGACCCGCGGGAGAGCCCGGCGCCGCAGGAAGAACGGCUUCCCCGGAAGUCCAGGUUUACCUGGGCAGCAGGGAGAGAGAGAGUCAGAAUAAGUGGCUCCUGCCGGCAGCAGUAAACAUGUUGGAGAGCUCGAGCAGAGAAACAUCAUCUGACACUGAGAGCAGAAAGGCUCAGCUCUGCAACAUGUUUCUCAUUGUUCUGGCUUCGUUCUCCAGCACAAUGGACGAGAAGUGA